CAUCCAUGAACAUCAAGUACCAACUUCAGGGCAGGCAGUACACAACAGAUGAUUUUGUUUUGUUUCUCGCCAAGGAGACCUCACGCCUUGUGUUGGCAGUGUCUCCUUUUCUACGGUUAUGCAGUCAUGCUGAGUCAUGCGCGCAGCUCAGCGAACAUAGCCAAGUUCUACAAGAAGCCACCACGGCACCAACGAAGAACACCCAUUUGAACAGGCAGUAGAAGCCAACGUUGGUAGAAGCAGUAGAAGGCUUCCACGGGCUGAUGUAUGAGAAAGAGCGCUUUCUCUAUGGGGCUGCCGUGGCAUCGCAUCGUCAUCAUCAUCAAUACGGUUUUCUGUUGUCACGUGACCUAUACGAAUUAGUAAGCGGAAAGGUUGAACAGGUUAAACGUGGUGAUAUCUGUAGCUGUGAGUAUCCUAUUGAACUAGUUGACGAGUUGCUGCGGCAGAUGCCCGUGAACAUGGCGUGCGAUAAGGAGCUGUCGGAGGCGUUUGAAAGAGCACUCAGACUAUCUUCGAAAGUGAAGGAUGAUACCAAUUUUUUGACACCUCAGAAGCGUCCGUUGCAGGGUCGUCAUUGCUGGUCAUCUGCUCGGCGGCGGCCCUCCUUUCUAAAUAGCUCCAGCAGUGAAGAUGAAUUGGCAACGUCUGUGGAGAGGAAGCCAUCUGUUCCAUCACGUGUUAUGACACCAUGCGCCACGGAAAAGGCACUACUGGAUGAGGACACCUGGUUCCUCGAAUCGCUGUCUAAUAACACACCUCUGGACAAGUGUCGCCCUGACACACUCAAAUUUAGGCAGCGAUUCGAUGACUCUCGGGAGGAGCUCGCCAGUGCCCUUUUUUUACUUUUUAACAGGGAGGUCUUUGCUCACAAGCUUCCUCCGGGGGAAAUUUCCUGGAACAGCCGGUUGACGUCAACAGCGGGCCGAUGUUUCUAUUUGGCUGAUAACAACUACCGAGUGGAGCUCUCAGCAAAGAUUCUCCGUAGUGCCGAACACACAAGAGACACUCUAUUGCAUGAACUGUGCCAUGCGGCAGUUUGGUGCGUGCAUAAUUGCAAGCGAGAGGGCCAUGGUACAUUGUGGAAGUUCUGGGUGAGUCGUGCUGCCCGAAGAUUUCCAAAGCUUCCCCCUGUUGAAAGAUGUCACGACUACAAGUCGUCACGAUCAAGGAAACUUACCUUCAAUUGAUGUCCAUGCUGCCUGUAAUGUAUAUUUAUCUUCUCAUUUAGCAGCACAGGACACCAGACAGCAAUACAAUAUUGAUGUACAUAAACUGCCAAAGACAACACAGGCCAUGUACAAUUUUGAAUAUGUACCGCUUAUAAAUAUGACCAAUAAAUUGACAAGGCAACUGGUUGCCACAC